UGUGCUAUCCGAUGGAAAAGUGAAAACACUGGGACCCAUACAUUGAUUAUUGGAAAGAGAAUUCGGGGCAAGUCAUCAAUAUCCUUCCCAUUCAUCUGUUUGUUUUUCGAUCCAUUACAGAAUUUCUUUCUGACCACUGAGCAAAACUUAUGCAGAGAGAGAUGUUGGGAUUUCUUUUCUUUAGUGGUUUCACUGUCUGGGCGUGGUUCCGCAGUGAGAAGAAAAUAGAGGAUGCAAUGGGCCAACAAAAGAAGGAGGCUGCUGAAAAAGAGGGUGAUUCGGAAGCAUCAGUCUCUGACUACGAAGUUUUCCUAAGUUUCAGAGGACCAGAUUCUCGGCAGGGCCUCGCCGAUGUCCUCUACAACGACAUGAGAACAGCCGGGAUCCAUGUUUUUAGAGACGACGAUGAGCUUGACACCGGUGAUGAGAUCGGCAAGAUUCUUCCGGCUAUCAAGAACUCCAAGAUAUGCGUACCAAUCUUCUCCAGUACCUUUGCUGCCAGUGCGUGGUGCCUCCGAGAAGUUGAAAAAAUGGUCGAGUUGAAGAAAAAGAUCAUGCCGAUUUUCUACACAGCCACACCAGAAGAUGUUAAGCUAGGCACGGCAUUAUUCAAGAAGGAACUACGGAAGCACGAGAAGAAGCAUGGAAAAGAGCAAGUGAAGAAGUGGGAGGAGGCUCUCAAAGUGGUCGCCAGAAUCAAAGGGCGGGAAGUGAAGACUACCGGAUUUGCGGAAUUCAGCAUGUUGUUUGUCAGAGCACUUCUGAUCAAGUUGAAGGUAAAAACAAAAUAUUUGACCAAUAACCUAGUUAAAAGAGAUGAUCAUGAGGAGGCUGUAGUGAAAUUGUUGGACAUCGACUCAAGUGAUGUACGAAUCAUUGGCAUCCAUGGAAUGGGUGGCAUUGGUAAGACGACUCUUGCCAAGGUCAUCUUCAACAAACUCUCACCUAGAUUCGACUGUUGCAGCUUCCUUGAGAACAUCCAAGAAUCCUUAAGGCGUGAUGGUCUUGAAUACUUGCAAAAGCAGUUAGUGGAAGAUCUCGAUCCAAAGUUGAAAAACUUUCAAAAGAUCGACACAAUCACAAUGCUUCGAGAAAAUUUUCGUAGAAGGAGGGCUCUCAUCGUCCUUGAUGAUGUAAAUCAAAGAAAACAAAUAGAGAUGAUAGUCGGGAUGUUGGGUUGGUUUGGCUCUGGAAGCAGGAUAAUCAUAACGACUAGGGACAGAAGUAUUUUCACCAGAGAAGCUUGUACUCAUGCUAUGGAGGAGAUGGAUCCUGACCAAGCUCUCCUACUUUUCAGUAGACAUGCCUUUAGAGAAGACUCUCCUCCAAGUGACUUCCGAAUUCUUUCAGAGGAAGUUCUCUCUCUUACUGGAGGACUUCCUUUGGCCAUCGAAGUCGUAGGUUCCCUUCUUUGUCAAUGUGAGAAGAAGAGAUGGAAAGUGACAAUUGAGCGGCUAAAGAAAGUGCCCAAUCGAGAUGUUCAAGAAAAGCUGAAGAUAAGUUUUGAUGCAUUGGAGUUUCACCAAAAACAGAUAUUUCUUGACAUAGCCUGCUUUUUCAUCAACAAGGAGAGAUCAAAUGCAAUUCUAAUGUGGGAAGCUUGUGACUUUGACCCUGAUUAUGGAAUUGAGGUCCUUGUUUCCAUGUCUUUGCUGAAAAUUACGAAGGACAAUGAAUUUCAAAUGCAUGACCUUGUCAAAGAUCUUGGAAGGGAGCUUGUUCGGGAGGAAUGCUUUGGUGAUCCUGCCAAGCGUAGCAGGAUAUGGUCAAGCAAAGAAGCAAAGGAGCUAUUUAAGAUAAAGCAGGAAAAAGAAAAUGUUGAAGGGCUGUUUCCGGAGAAAUUAUAUGGCGACUGCAUUCUCAAACACGAGCUGUUUUCAGGUUUUCGAAAUCUAAGAUUACUGAAAUUGGUGGGUGCAAAGCUGACAGGUAACUUUGAGAAUCUCCUUCCAAAGUUAAAGUGGUUCACAUGGCAACAAUGUCCUUCCGAUUUCGCUGUGACCAAUCUAACAUUGGAGAAUUUAGUGGUUCUUGACCUUUCUGACAGUUUUAUCACUGAAAACUGGGCUGGUUGGAACAUGAUUCAGUUAGCAAAGAAUUUGAAGGCCUUAGACCUCACUGGGUGCUGUAACUUGACAAGUACACCUUACUUGUCCAACAAUGACGCUUUAGAGAGAUUGGUUCUCAGAGGAUGCCGUAAUUUAGCUGAAAUACACGGCUCCAUCAAUAAGCUGACAAGACUGAAGCAUCUUGAUCUUCAAGGCUGUCCUUCUCUGAGAGGGUUGCCCGAAGAGCUAUGUUCGCUGGAAGAUUUGGAAAAUAUUUUGGUGGUCGGGAAUCAUGGAGCUCCUUUCCACUUACCAGAAUCAAUUGGUAAUUUACGCUCUCUAUCUGUCAUGAAAUUACAUUGGGUGGAAAUUACUAGAAUUCCUGACUCCAUUGGAGGAUUGGUGAAUCUCACGCACCUCUCUAUGCACAAGUGUAGUGGCAUGAAGACACUUCCAGACAUAAUCGGAGAUUUGAAAUCACUAGUUAAGUUAGACAUGUCUAAUACAGAGUUGAGUGCAUUGCCUAAUUCUGUUGGACGACUAAGUAAACUCCGGUGGUUGCAGUUAAAUUCAACGAAGAUAGAGGAGCUUCCCGGCUCUCUUGGGGAUUUGGAAUCAUUGGUUGAGUUACAGCUGUCCAACUCAAAUUUAAGUGCGUUGCCUGACUCUGUUGGACGACUAAGUAAACUCCAGUGGUUGCGGUUAAGUUCAACGAAGAUAGAGGAGCUUCCUGACUCUCUUGGGGAUUUGGAAUCAUUAGUUGAGUUACAGCUGUCUGACACAAAUUUAAGUGCGUUGCCUGACUCUGUUGGACGACUAAGUAAACUCUCGCUGUUGGAGUUAAGUUCAACGAAGAUAGAGGAGCUUCCUGACUCUCUUGGGGAUUUGGAAUCAUUAGUUGCCUUAGAGCUGUCCAACUCAAAUUUAAGUGCGUUGCCUGACUCUGUUGGACGACUAAGUAAACUCAAGUGGUUGCGGUUAAGUUCAACGAAGAUAGAGGAGCUUCCUAACUCUCUUGGGGAUUUGGAAUCAUUAGUUGAGUUAGAGCUGUCCAACUCAAAUUUAAGUGCGUUGCCUGACUCUGUUGGACGACUAAGUAAACUCUCGCUGUUGGAGUUAAGUUCAACGAAGAUAGAGGAGCUUCCUGACUCUCUUGGGGAUUUGGAAUCAUUAGUUGAGUUAGAGCUGUCCAACUCAAAUUUAAGUGCGUUGCCUGACUCUGUUGGACGACUAAGUAAACUCCAGUGGUUGCAGUUAAGUUCAACGAAGAUAGAGGAGCUUCCUGACUCUCUUGGGGAUUUGGAAUCAUUGGUUGGGUUACAGCUGUCCAACACAAAUUUAAGUGCGUUGCCUGACUCUGUUGGACGACUAAGUAAACUCAAGUGGUUGCGGUUAAGUUCAACGAAGAUAGAGGAGCUUCCUUACUCUCUUGGGGAUUUGGAAUCAUUGGUUGAGUUACAGCUGUCCAACACAAAUUUAAGUGCGUUGCCUGACUCUGUUGGACGACUAAGUAAACUCCAGUGGUUGCAGUUAAGUUCAACGAAGAUAGAGGAGCUUCCUGACUCUCUUUGGGAUUUGGAAUCAUUGGUUGAGUUAGAGCUGUCCAACACAAAUUUAAUUGCGUUGCCUGACUCUGUUGGACGACUAAGUAAACUCCAGUGGUUGCGGUUAAGUUCAACGAAGAUAAGUGCGUUGCCUGACUCUGUUGGGGAUUUGGAAUCAUUAGUUCGCUUAGAGCUGUCCAACUCAAAUUUAAGUGCGUUGCCUGACUCUGUUGGACGACUAAGUAAACUCUCGCUGUUGGAGUUAAGUUCAACGAAGAUAGAGGAGCUUCCUGACUCUCUUUGGGAUUUGGAAUCAUUGGUUGAGUUACAGCUGUCCAACACAAAUUUAAGUGCGUUGCCUGACUCUGUUGGACGACUAAGUAAACUCCAGUCGUUGGGGUUAAGUUCAAUGAAGAUAGAGGAGCUUCCUGACUCUCUUGGGGAUUUGAAAUCGUUGGAAACAUUGGAUCUGAGUUCAUCCAAACUGAGGAUUCUACCAGAUUCUGUGGGAGAGAUGUCUGAAUUAAGGCACUUGUUGCUGGAUGAAUGCAACAUAAGAAAGUUGCCUAGUUCUAUCGGGAAGUUAGCAAGGCUAGAAUAUUUGGAGUUGGGAGGUUGGAGCUUAAAAUGCCUCCCGCAGCUCCCAGAUUUCUCCAACUUGAAGAAGCUGCAGAGCAUUGAUUUCGAAGAUUGGUUCGUAAAAGUUGCAGGGACUGAGAUUGACAAGCAUGCGUGUGGAGUUGCUCGGAUGAGAUGGUCAGGUUUUCCUGCCAGAUGGGAAAUUUGACGUCGCUGGAUAUCUCUAACAGGGAAUCCCUUGCUGAGUCACCAUUGCUUGAUUUCUCACGCUUGGAAAAUCUCAAGAAGUUACGUCCUAUUUGAAGGGGCUCACCGAGAUGAACGGCCUAGGAGAACUGGGAUACCUGGCGGAAUUAGAUAUCCGGUACUGCGAUUCCCUGGAAAUGAUUGGGAAUCUGUCGGAAUCGAAAAGGCUAAAGGGGAUCUUUAUAAUGGAGUGCUCGAAGCUAAGAGAAAUGAGAGGCCUCAACAAAUUGUUCUUGGCAUCAACAAAUUGUUCUUGGCAUCUAUACAGAUGAGGGCUGCGGAUCUGUGGGAAAUAUUGAUGAACUGAAGAAGAGAUGCGUGUGGGGAAGUUUCGAUGAAUUAGAAGUUGAGAACAACGCCGAUUGAUGAG